CUUCGUUCGCACGUCUGUGGUGCCGCUGCUCCGAAUGUACGCGUUUAACAUCGUGUCAAUUUGGUUAUUGUCCCGUUGUCUUGCACAGCAUAAAGUGGUGCUGAGCCAAGCCCAGGCCGUUGCUGGUCGGGCCGGUCCAGGCGCUUACCGCUGUCGCGCAGCAAGGCGGCACCUCCACCAACAAUCUUACUCCAUCAUCUACGAAGUCUGCAUCUACCUAAGCCCUGUAUGAUGCUAGUGUAUUCCGUGACCAGGAUGUCAGCCCGUGUCAAGAUAGUAGAUAUUUAGGUAGGCCAUAACCCAGGUCGUGUCGUGAUGCUUACGUCUGUUCGUCCCCUUCCAUGCUGUGAGACCUCGAUAUGCCUCUAUUCUCCAGCCAUGCGAACGAUACUGUCAUCGAAUACAGCACAGUAGAGUCCGACCCUGGACAUUACAGUGGCGAUACUGGUGGGAGAAACAACCCCUAUCACCACGAGACCCAAGCCAAGCAACCAGGCAUUGACAUUAGUGCCAUAGAUGGCAGAGUUUCACACACUGGCACUCCUUCGAACGGCGAGAGAGACGAAAAAGGUUCUAAUACCUAUGUCGGUCCUCCAAUCAGCGGCUGGCCUACAGCUCCCCAGCGGCUGCGUGGUUACUCGGUACCAUUGUUAAUCGGAGACAUACUUCUGAUUUUACUCCCAAUCGCCUUCAUAGUGCUUGCAAUCUCUGCAUGGCGCCUUGAUAAGAAGACAUUAUCGGGGAAUGGGAGGAUGGUAGAGCGUGCCAUGAGCCUCGGCCCAACCAUAUACCCUCUUGCUUUCGCUGCAAUAGGUAGCCGUUGUCUACGGAACAUUGCUGUUCGUCUGGCGGAGCGGGGUACUACCGUGCUCACUUUAGAGAAGCUGCUAGGCAGUCAAAGUCUCGUUUCUGCAAUCGGAACUGCGUGUAGCCUUCGCUCUGCCAACUUCAUAUCGAUUUGUCUCCUCUUGCUUUGGGCAUUGUCGCCACUUGGUGGGCAAAGUUCACUCCGACUGCUUCAUGAGACAAACUCCACAAUCUCAGAAAACGGCACCAUCUAUUACUCUGAUCCGGCGGCUAUCGUAAACCUAGACGAGGCAGGAGAAUGGUCUGCAGUCGUUCCUGCCAUUCUCACUGCGAGCCUGGCUUCCUCAAUGGAGGCGAAAAACAGACCAGUCGACUCUUGGAGCCACCCAAAAGUACCCAGGCUCGACGUUAUAGAACAGCAGGCUUUGCGAGAUCCCCUGUCAGAAGGGAGCUGGAUCGAUGUAGACCCGACACUGAACCACACAUACUCGUCCUGGACCGGCAUUAAUAUACAGAACCUGCGACAAACAGAGCACGCUGCUUUCCAAGUCAGAUAUAACUACAUGUAUCUCGAUCAGCGAAGUGUUACAGUCGACUCGCCUGAGAACGUUUAUGAUGGAUUAAUAGCGUCCGGCGCCCUGUUCCCACCUUUGAUCAGCAAAUCUAAUAACGGCCAAGAUGCCGUGGACAUGUUGAACAACGUCACUACUGGCUCGGAAAAAGUUGGGAUUCCAUUACAAAAGAUGUUCUUGCGAGUUGUCCAUGUAUCGAACAGUACACAAAAGGCUCCGAACCCGCUAGACAUACGAUAUGGCUUUGAUUUCAACAGAGAGCCUAUCAACUUUUUGCGUGGUGCAUACUACCUAAAAACAGACGGCUCAAACACGUAUUUGUACUUUCUGUACACAUAUACGCCUCGCAUCGUCACCGUAGACGCAAAAAUUGAAUGUCAAGCAAGCGAUUGUAUUGUGACUCGGCUACGACACGUACCGAGUGAAUCGUCCUCCUCCCUCAAGGAGGCAUGCGACAUUGGAUUGGGCUACAGGCUGGGUUGCAUGACGACUGCCACAAACGCAGUAUCUCGAUUCUUGGCCUGGUUUCCUGCAAUGAUGGCAUCGUUCGUUGGCACAUCAGACAUCUUUGAUAUUUGGGCCAAGGGUUGGAACGAUACUUUCGUAUUGCCCACUAAUCUCACCACCGACCAAAUCUCAGACCAGGAGAAAGCCAACCGCAUCACCACUCUGCUCAAUACGUAUUGGCAGGGAUCAAGCUGGGGAUAUCAGGUCACAAGAGCGGGAUUCUUCGACAGACCAGACUACCCAUGGUCUGGAGAUCCGGAAAAUUUUCCGCCCGCGCGCUAUAUUAACGCCAGUGAAGCCGUCUUUUCGCACCCUGUUGCUAUCUAUCAAGCGGAUGUUGGCUGGAUCGUCAGCCUGCUCAUCAUCAGCGUUAUAUUGCUUCUUCUUGGUGUGGUCAAUGUGGCUUUCGCUUUCAUGACCAUCGCUCCAGACCUAUUCUAUUACGCGUCGUCCUUGGCUCGUGAGAACCCCUACACAAAAACGCCAGACGGAGGAACAAUGCUUGACGGUGCACAGCGAAGCCGGAUGCUCAAGAACAUGAAAGUUCAGAUUGCUGACGUGAGCCCUGAAAAUCAGGUUGGCUACGUGGUGUUGAAGAGCGUCGAUGACGACGACUUCCUGACAGGGCGACUGAAGAAAGGUAAAUUGUACUGGUGAGCGCCUCUCAUACUCGCCAUCACAAAUGCGGCGUAGUGGACAUGGAAAACAUCACUAUAUUCGCUAAGCAAGUAAAUUUUUAUGGUAGCCAUUGCAUGUUCAGACUACGCGACGUGUGCGACCCAAGGCGCAGCAGUCCACCCAGUGAAUCAGCUGAUAGGGUAGUCCGCGCACCACAAGCUCUUGUGUAUCUUCUAGUCGAGUUAUACGACAUGUCUUCUAUCGGAA